UAUUUAAUUUUGAUGACGUUGGGCGUGCGGUGCUAUCAGAUCUCUUCUAUAUACAGGGCCCCAUCGCCUUUUGCUGCAUUGCAAACAAACGAUUUCGUAUGUAGUAGAUCAGAGAUCGAAUCCCGCCGCUUUUCUGAUCUCAGUGGUUUUCAGUUUGAGGCAAUGGCAACAUUUUUUGAUGGAUUCAAUCCUAGCUUUGAUCUUGAUUGCCCUGUCAUAGGUAGCAAAAAUGCUUGCUCUGUAAUGGAGGAAAUGUUGGAUUUUGAGACUUCUCUUUAUGUGGAGGAUGUGCUGGCAUUUAAGGUUCCCCCUUAUGCUUCCACUGAAACCUCCUGGCUUUCGAAUUCCUCAGAGGAUUUGCAGAGUGCAGAGGGAUUUAAUCAACUGGCGGUUCACUCUUUGCCCUGUUCUCAAAGUGUGUGCGCACAGACUGCCUUUUGCAAAUACGUUAAAGCUAAUCCAGUGCCUGCUGUAGAUAUCUUCAAACGCGGCCAAAUUUUGCACAAGAGAUGCUUAGAUGUUCUCAGAAAAAUCGAGAAGAAGCAAAAAUUGACGAGGCAGAUUUCAAUGCAAACUGCUGCUCCUCCUCCUCCUCCUCCUCAUCAAGUACAGCAAUCAAAAUCAGGGUUUCAGAACAAAUCGGCGUUUGACCAUAUGCUAGCCGAGCGGAACAGGAGAGUCAAAUUGAGACAGCACUUCUCAAAUCUCCGUUCUCUCGUGCCUACAAUCACCAAGAAAGAUAAGCAUUCAGUACUGGCAAAUACCACAAGCUAUCUGCAGGAAUUAAAGCUCCGUGUUGCUGAGCUCGAACAUCAAAACCAAAUAUUGCAGGAAUCAGUUUCUUCAAAUAAAGAGGAUGGAAGUAAGGGGUUCGAAUCCACGGAGCAGUCAUAUGAUUCAGACAACAGAGUCAUUUAUAGAAGCGAUGAAGUAACUUUGGAGCAAGGGAAGAACGACUCCUGCAAAGUGAACAUGAAAAUAAUUAUACAGAAAGAUAAGGCUUUGUGCCCGGCAAGUCUGCUGAUCAAGCAACUAGAUCUAUUGAGAAGUAAACAGAUGGAAGUCCUCUCUAUGCAAUCAGAGACACAGCCAUUUCAAUUUUGCUCUGACAUUCUCCUGAGACCAAAUGGUGAGGCCUGGGAUGUCUCCAAGUGGCAAAAUUUUGCCACAUCGAUUAGAGAGUCCCUGUUAUGAAGAGGAUUCCUGAAGUCAAGCAAGAAAACCAAAACGAAACGCUUUUUUGGGUCGAGAUUUCUUAUUGAGUAUUCUGUGUAAGUUCACGGAUCAAAGUAAGAGAUCUUUACAGGAAAGAAAUUAAUGUGACCGCCAUUAAAAUCUUAUCACAGAAGCUUGUAGGUCAAUCAAGUUGUCCGUAUAAGUAUACUGACUAUAACGGGGAACCUGUUCCCAUCGUACUCGAAGGGUUCAUUUUCAAUACUUUCCAGAUUCGCUCAGCAUUGUGAUAAGUAAAAGUAUGAGAUCUUUGUAAGGGCUAGGAUUGUAAAAACAUAAUGAAGAAGAAAUUUAUUAUUAUUACUU